ACAGCGACAGGGAAAAGGUUACAUGUGCUGAGCUUUAAGUAGGUCAUAUUUUUUGUCUGUUUUUUUUUUUUCUUGGCAAAUCUUUUGUGAAGAUGAAGUCAUCAGUUUAUCUAACAAGGUUACCACACCCGCACCCAGAAUUGCACCAUAGGAGAUUUGUCAUGCUAUCCUACACUCGCUUGAUGCCUUCCUGGGAUGGUGUAUUUUAUGGACAAAAAAAUAAAAAUAAAAAAAACUUCAAUACACUCAGUUAUUAAGGUCCACCCACGAAAAAAUAAACCCUUACAAAGACAAUAGUGCUAUGGAUUUAUGUUCCUUUUUGUGGUGUUAGCGUGGAUUGAUGGUGUAUCGGCACGUCUCUUCUCUUUGGUGUCAUACAAUUUAGAAAGGUACAGUGAGGAUUAAAACAAAUUAUAAUAAAAAAUAAAAACAGGAGAGAUCCCAAUUUUUACUGACCUCGAGUGGUCAUAUUGAAGAACUGUAGCAUCACGUUAAAACAAGCAUUUUCCCCUUUGACUACGUUACCCAUAAUGCAUCACGUUUUAAAUAUGGCGUCCUACGCAGUUAGCUGAGUCGAAGAAUCAAAACACUAUUACUUAACAGUGACGAUAUUAUUAGUAUUAUGGACAAGAAUAUGAAACUCUUACUGAAUGUGGCGAAAAGUGUUCAUAAUCCAUCUUUUUACAAAUGUCCCGGUCGUUACCUGAGCUCUUUGGCAGACAGCGGACUGAAAGCUGAAGGCGACGGGCCGCUGGUGAUUGUCGGGUCACGCCGGGCUUUGGUGCGGAGACUCGGGACACAGGUGGAGGUGAGGACGGCCUUCAUCACCGAGGAGGAGGAGGGUGCCCUUCUGCGGGAACUGGAACCCGGUUUGAAGAAGAAACGUUACGAAUUUGAUCACUGGGAUGACGCUAUUCAUGGGUACAGAGAAACCGAACGUGUUACGUGGGGGGCAGCUUGCCAGACCAUCUUAUCCCGCGUCCGAUCUGUAGCAUUUGCUUCUGGAAGUUCACUUCUUGGGCCUGUCCAUGUCCUAGAUCUGGACAAGACCGGCUACAUCAAACCUCACAUUGAUAGUGUCAAGUUUUGUGGCAGCACCAUCACUGGGUUGAGUCUUCUCUCGGAUAGUGUCAUGCGUUUAGUCAAAGUAGAUGCUCCCAGUGAGUGGCUAGAUCUGCUGCUGCCCAGACGCUCCCUCUACAUUCUAAGGGAACAGGCCAGAUACAACUUCACUCAUGAGAUCUUAAAAGACGAGGAGUCUUUGUUUAAUGGACAAAAAGUGCCUCGACAGCGACGUAUCUCUGUUAUAUGUCGGAAUCUUCCGGCUUAAUAUUCACUUCACCACAGCUGGGAUAUGAAUUCUCCCUGAGCCCCAAGGACAAUGUAAAUGGCCUUUAUUGCUUGAGUUUACUAUCCUCACUAUUUAUAUCAAUAGCAGUAGUCCACAUCUAGAAUGAAGUGUGCAAGACUUGUAUUUGAUGGAAAUAUGUGUACAGUAUGUCCAGAAUCCAUAUUUUGAUGAACUAUAAUAACAGGCUCCUUGACAUGCAAAUUGAAAUAUCUCUUAACGUUUCUCUAAAAUGCAGUCCUCUGUGAGGUAUUGUCCCUGCAAAAAAUUCCAUUUGUUGGCUUAUUGACAAUCGUAUUAAAUCUUUGACCAUAAGGCUGGGUGGAGUGUUGUAAAUGGUUCACAAAAAAGAAUGUUUAGUCUUAACAAUAAUAAAAAAAAAGCUUUUA